UCGAUUCUCUAUUAUGAAGAAGAAUUUGGUUCUAUGCACAACUUGACAAACUUGUCAACAUUCCCCAUGGCAUUUCUCUUUUGAACAAUUCAUAGCGUUUUUGAUAGGAUUCCUGUUUCCGAUAUCCGAGAUCCACAAUGGCUCCUCGUAAAGGAAAAGUACAAAAAGAAGAAGUCCAAGUUUCUCUUGGCCCCCAAGUUAGAGAAGGAGAAGUUGUAUUUGGCGUAGCCCACAUAUUCGCCAGCUUCAACGAUACUUUUGUACAUGUUACCGAUCUUUCUGGAAAGGAAACCAUCUCCAGAGUUACUGGAGGUAUGAAAGUCAAAGCUGAUCGUGAUGAAGCUUCUCCCUAUGCUGCUAUGUUGGCCGCACAAGAUGUAGCUGAAAAAUGUAAAACUUUAGGCAUUACUGCUUUACACAUUAAAUUGAGAGCAACUGGAGGUAACCGCACAAAGACUCCAGGACCAGGAGCACAAAGUGCUCUUAGGGCUUUGGCUAGAUCUAACAUGAAAAUUGGAAGAAUUGAAGAUGUGACCCCUAUCCCUUCAGAUUCUACUCGCAGGAAGGGUGGUCGUCGUGGUAGAAGAUUGUAAAUUUUUUUUUUGGUUUGGUGACAUAAUUUAAGAAAAUAAAAUGUGUUUUAACUAAACUA